CAGUCGGUUCACAAUCUCACACAGGACGGAUUGGAAUUGCCAGUUUUCUCGCUCACUUCUCUCUCCCUCCACAGAAGAACGGUCUAUUGUUGUUUUAGCAGCAAGAUAGUCACAAUAUCAAACCCUGAUCAUAUCAACAAUCCCUGCUGUUCCCAAUCUCUAUCAUCACCUUACUCCACUCAUGAACAAAUUAAUAGCAUAGAUUCACAACUUCACACCAUCCUAAGUCACAAAGGAGUUUCUCUCCAAUUUUGAUUUCAUCUACUAAAUGAUGGGUUACUGAAGCUGAAUCAUUCUAUCAAUUGGGGAUUGAGCUUUUUUAGUCGUUUCGAUUCAGAACUUGUGGUUACACCUGUUCGUGUAAUCGAGUGAAUGCGUCAUAAUCGAUUGCAGACUAGUUGUUGAACUCUGGAAACAACGCGCCCAAGAUGCGUAGGCGGGCGACCGAUUACCGGCGCCCGGUUCGAAGGAGAUUUUCCUGUUGGAUCUGGGUUCUUUUCGCGUUAAUCUUAGUCGGUGGAUCUACCCUUUUCGUCGUUCAUCAUAAUCAAAACCACGAUGAUCUUGUGGAGCAGCCAGAAUUGGAAAGAAACACAAGAUACAAAGGAGUCGAACAUGCACAUUUAAACUUCACCGAACUCGUAAGUGUCAAUUCAUAUGCCAGACAAUUAUCCGAACAAAUGACACUUGCCAAAGCUUACGUUUUCGUAGCAAAAGAGCACAACAAUCUUCACCUCGCCUGGGAACUUAGCUCCCAAAUCAGAAACUGCCAGUAUUUGCUCUCGAAAGCUGCCAUGAGAGAAGACCCCAUUACAUUAGACGAAGCAGAGUCAGUAAUCAAACAAUUAUCUUCCUUAAUUUUCAAAGCACAAGAAGCACAUUACGACAUUGCCACAAUGAUGGUCACAAUGAAAUCACAUCUUCACGCCCUCGAAGAACGAGCAAGUUCCUCCACCGCUCAAGCUACGAUAUUCGGACAGCUGGCAGCCGAAUCAGUCCCAAAGAAUCUCCACUGUCUAACCGUAAAACUAAUGGAGGAUUUUCAUAAAAAGAAGCAUUUACACGAAUUUGCUAGCAAGAUUCGAAACUCUCCGCGAUUGGUUGACAACAAUCUAUACCAUUUCUGCAUAUUCUCCGAUAACCUAAUUGCUACGUCGGUUGUGAUAAACUCGACUGUCUCGAACGCUGACCAUCCAAAGCAAUUCGUUUUCCAUAUAGUAACAAACGGGGCUACAUAUAAGUCAAUGCUGGCUUGGUUUUACUCUAACGACUUUAAAGGGUCGACGAUUGAGAUACAGAAUUUGGAAGAUUUUAGUUGGCUGAAUAGCUCAUACUCUCCCGUUUUAAAACAGAAUCUGUCUUUGCUAAACCACCUUCGGUUUUACAUUCCUGAAGUGUACCCGCAGCUAGAGAAGGUAGUGUUUUUGGACGAUGAUGUAGUUGUUCAGAAGGAUUUGACUCCUUUAUUUUCGUUGGAUUUACAUGGAAACGUGAAUGGAGCAGUUGAGACAUGUUUGGAAUCGUUUCAUCGUUAUUAUAAGUAUCUGAAUUUCUCGAAUCCUUUAAUUAGUUCGAAGAUUGAUCCCCAAGCUUGCGGGUGGGCUUUUGGGAUGAAUGUUUUCGAUUUAGUGACAUGGAAGAAGGAAAAUGUGACUGGACGGUUUCAUUAUUGGCAGGAGGAGAACGUCGAUAGGAUUGUUUGGAACUCUGGGACACUACCACCUGGACUUUUGACGUUUUAUGGAUUGACUGAGCCUCUUGAUCGGAGGUGGCAUGUUCUGGGAUUAGGUUACGACGUGAACAUUGAUAUCCGAUUGAUUGAUAGUGGGGCGGUUGUACACUUUAAUGGAAAUAUGAAGCCUUGGCUUAAGUUGGGUAUUAGCAGGUACAAGCCUUUGUGGGAACUGUAUGUGGAUCAGAGCCAUCCUUAUGUUAUGUAUUGCUACACAAAUUGAAUGUGAAGUGAUAGUGUCAUUAUAAGAUUUUUUUAGUUUCUUUUAAAAUUGCUAUGUGUUUUGGAUAGAGGAAUAUGAUUCUUUUCUUUUAUUAUUGAAUAGCAUCUGAAAGCCAAAUUUUUGUU